AUGGUGCAAUGCAAAAAACAUAUAACUAAAUCCUUUUGUUUUGGUCUGAGGACUGAUCAAUCCUCAAGCAGUGAAAACAAUGACAGCAACGGUGAUGAUUAUUCUUCCUCGGAUGACUCGGAUGGCUCCGAUGAUCCUGAAUGUGUUCAAGAAAUUGCAUUGUCGCUACAAAGAUUUCAAUCUUUGCAUGCAAACGACCAUGGGCCUGCCACUAAAAGCUCUUAUGCGAAGAGCGGGAUGUCAAAGUCCAGGUGCAAGGACGCCUUGAAGCAUCCACCUUGCAAGUGCAAGUGCACCCUACCCCUCAGGAUCUUGGUCGCGCUUUGCCAGGCUUUUUGGGCCCUAUCAAAGCCGUGUCAGGAUUCCUUACUGUGGUCCAUACAGUUGGAGGGUGGCCCUGGAUUGAGGAAGAAGUGGACAUUGGGUGGGUACCACAUCUGCCGUGAGUCCUGGCUGUACUUCCUGGGCAUUGGAAAGCAACGUGUUACUCGAUGCAAACGGAAGUUUCAUGGCAAGGAUCUUCGUAGCCUCAAUGGUUCCGGAGGACCAUUGUCACGCCCAUCCGUGAAGGCAGCUUCUGUAGAGGCUUUUUUUGUUCACAUAUACUUCAGCGCUGGGGAAACUGUAGCUGAGUUGGGCACGCCGCAAACUAUGGUGGAGUCCUCGAACAAGGAGCUUCGCCAGGAUCUCCUGGAGCGUCUCAUCGACGCCAAAUUGACAGGACCUACACUACAAUUAUCCUUCCAGUGCAAUCCACAGCUGCUGCCAAUGAAGAGAUUACCCCAUGGAAACUGGGCGAAUCUUUACUUAAUGUACAGAUCCUAUGUGGAAUCAUCCAGUGGUCUGGAAAGCACUGCAGGGAGAUCCUUGUUCUACGAUGUAGCAAGAAAGUGGAAGGUAUGCUUACGGUUUCACAAACCUUCUGUCCAUUCGAUUUGCACUACGUGCUCAACCAUCAAGGCCCGCUUGGCGGAUGCCACUGACUUUAGUCAACAAGCGCAGCUAUCAGCACAGCUGCUCCACCACUACGCGGCCCAGUGGCGCGACCGCCAGGUUUACUGGCUCUGUCGCACAAGAAGCCGGACGGAGCGCGAUAUACUCUGUCAUAUCAUUGACACUUUUGAUCACUCAAAACUGGUCUUGCCGCGCUUUCCCGGAAAACGGUCUCCUAAGUCUUCGAUCUACGACACUUUGAAGCGCACUCAGCUCACGCUAACAUGCAGCAUCUGUCAUGGCUAUGGCAUUUACUUUUUCUUGGCAGAUGAGGGGGCUUGUGGAGGGGCCAAUUGGGCCAUACAGGUCGCCAUGAGAUCCAUUGACCUCGCAUGGCAAUUUGCACGACGGCAAGGGCUAAGCUUUCCCCAAGAGUACUGGCAACAAGGUGACAAUGCAUGCAAAGAGAUCCGCAAUGCCCCGAUGCACAAACUGUUUUGCCUUCUAUGUCAAGAAGGCUACUUCAACCAGUGCACAGGGGCACAUUUGGAAGUCGGGCACACACAUGAGGACAUAGAUGCUGCCCUGUCUGUUGUCACCGCAGCUUUGAAUGCCUGCAGCGACUUGCAAACGCCUCGGGACAUACAAAGGGCCUUGGAAAACCGCGUUGCGCCCUUGUUUGCGAAGCAUGGCAUGGAGUUUGUUUGCGAGACAGUCACCUCGGUAUUUGAUUGGGUCAAGCUCAUGCCGUCCAGUGUCCAAACUUACAAUGCCUAUAAAGGCAGAAAGCAACAGCCAGGACAACCAGAGCAAAAGGUCCCUCAGCAGUUCACGUUCAUCAAAAGAAGAGAUAUGCCUGGGCUUGGUCAUCUCACGCCGACAGAGGAAAGGCUCCCAGUGAGGCUGCGCAAUCGUGGUGAGGUCAAUGACAUCUUCGCUCUCUGCAAGCAGCGCAUGGCGGAUGACUAUCUGCGUCAGGAACCACUACUUGUCUUCCCACACGGACUUCACGGGGCGACUACCCACUUUUGGUCACGGCUCCGCAAUCCUGACUCCGUGCUGCCAACGAUCCAACCUAGCAUUGAUGACGGGCGGCGUGGAGAGCUUGACACCCUGGGGAAGCAGAUUGUGACUGACUACCCGCAUCUUGCUCGCACAGGAGUCUACUACCAAAAGUUGGUGGACCAGCUGUGGGACAAAGAUCCUCCAGCUCGCUUUCAAUUUAUUGAUGCUGGGCCAACAGCUGAUCACAGAUAUGGAGAGGUGGUCAAGAACUUGAUUACGGACCGCUUUGUUUCCACAGAUCGGCCUACUUUGAGCUUGAUUCCCCAAGACACGCUCACAGAAUUUUGGCUACCGCUCCAUCUCUUCGACAUUGGACCUGAUGCCAAGAAUGGCUUCUAUCCACAGAACAGCCAAUUCGUGAAGUUCUUCCGUGAGUUCCUGGCUGGAUAUGUGCCCCGUGAAGUUGUUGAGGAAUGGACAGAGGAUAAGGAGCUGCAAGACCCAGAUGUGCUGGCAAUGCUGCAAUCCUAUCGGUGGGUGCGUUGGAGUACAGUGCGUAUGGACUCGCCGCAGUACGCCUGCAAACCUGUCUUCCGCAAGAUUCUCGAGGAUUUCUCCAGACUGGUGGGGCGUGAUGCGACUACGAAAGCCAAGGUUCGGGGAUCCACCAUGGAGAGCUUCAUCAAUGAGGCUCAAGAUCGCCAGCGGAGCGCACUGAGCAAGUCCCUCCAAGCAGCCUUUGCAGCGUGGCAUGAACAACUACAGCAUGAUCAAAUUCAGUUUGAGCAGGUGCAGAUUCUGCAAGAGAAAUCACAAGCCAAGCAACGAGCAAAGCUUCUUCGGCAAUUGGAGGACCAGCAUACAAAAGCUUGGCAAGCCGUUCAAGACUAUAUGUCGACGACUUUGAAGAUCUUUGCAGGAAAGGCCAGCGACGCUGUCACACAGGUCAUGCCCAUGCUGACAGAUUGGGUGGAGACCUCCCUUCAGGAAAUGGCGGAGGUUCGGGAACCCGACGACCAUGCUGUUGUGGUGUGGGUGAACUUGCCCACUGCAGGGAUCUUGGGGGUCCACAAACGUGAAUGGGUUGUGACCUACCUGGCCAAUGUCCUCCAGAAGUUCAAGAGGAAUGGAGUUGCAGUGCUGGUUCACUCCAAUCGCGCAUCGAGGGAUGGUGACAAGAUUGCAAAAGAUGAAGAUGAUGAGAAAGUGAAAACGGAGAAGAAAGAAGAAGACAACGAUGAUGAUGACGACAAAUCAUGCGACAGCGAGGGCCAGGUAGAGGAGGCUGAAGUUCGCGAUGUCCGAUAUCAGUUGGAGAAGUCACUCUCCAUGAAGGAGUUGAAUCUGUCCAUCAGGCCACUGACCUUUGUAUUCGACCAGGCCACUGUUUAUGGACGGAGAGAUGGAACCCUUCAUGGGCUUUUGAUUGCCUCGAAAGAGAAGGUGAACAUGUUCCGGAAUUCGAAGGAGAAUUCCGAAGCCAACCUGCGAGUUUUGUGCGGAACAGUUGUUCUCGACGUUGUGGCCGACGACUUGUCCAACAGGAUUGGAAAUGACAUAUACCAUGCAGCAAGAAGUGGAUCAAUCAAGCUCACAGGCUUCCCCGACUUCGCACCGGUGCUGUCAGCACUCAAAACUGUGGCAGACACCCAAGUGGAAAAGAGCUACAAGGUCUGUGCCCCCAUCGGGUCAAAUUUGGCAGUGCUGCAAGUGUAUGCGCAAAAGUGGCUCGAUGAUGAUCUGACCUCUGAGAGGGCAAACCAAAUAAUUACAGAGCAUAACGAGAAGUUCAACCCGAGUGGAGAAUUUGUGCAACCAGAAGGCACCCAAAGGACUUCUAGCUUUCAACUCGGGUCUGAAGAGCUGCCUGCAAAGAAGAUCAAAAUUGAGGAUGCAGACAAUUGCACUGAGCAAACAAUCUCAAGUCUUGUGAACCCGCAAAAGUUCAACAUCAACAACACAGUGGAAUUGCUGACAUCCGGUGAUGGAUCGGCCAUAUAUUUGGCGGCAAAGGGCAAAAACAAUUUCAUUGCACAUCGGGAGAUGUUUUCCUUUGGAAGUGGUGAGUGGCGAUCCGGAAGUGAAGCGACUGAAGUGAUGCAAGAUGCAGGUGGCCGCUGGUUCAAGUUUGUGGCUUCCUUCGACACCAUUGUGGUGCUUGAGCGCAAGGACCUUCCAGAGCAUUUAUUACAAUGCCCAUCGAUCGAUCGACCAGUGAUGCUGCGAAAGAUGUUGCAGCAGCUAGAGGACGUGGGAGAGGUGAAUGUGAAGGUGUUUCAACACACCAUGUCUUCUGGAGAGCAAGCUACUUGGACCUGUGACAAGCCACUUUGCUUCCUGCUCGACGAGCGCAAGGAUCAGGAAGAGAACAAGAAAGGCCGCAAGGGCAAGAAAAAGAAAGACAACAAUCCUACAUUCAAGAACUUUGGCAGCCGCGUGAAUGUGAGCAAGCUGAAGGGGACCUCAAAGCUUAUCAUUGGCUGGCGAAUCAGGUUGGAUACCACCGAUGGGGUCAAGACAAUCACCCCGAUCCGACCGAUUUGUUGCCUUGCUGGUGGCCUGGAGAUCGACACAUCCAAUGUACGCCUGAUGUGA